AUGCCUCUAUUCAGCCUGAUGCCUCUAUUCAGCCUGAUGCCUCUACUCAGCCUGAUGCCUCCUGAUGCCUCUACCCAGCAUGAUGUUUCUACCCAGCCUGAUGAACUGAUCCAGCCUGAUGAUCCUAUUAGGCCAGUUGACCCGAUGCCCGCUGUCGAGCCAGACGAUCCAAUGUCUGGUGACCCGGUGCCCACUGCCUUGCCAGAUGACGUGGUGCCCGCUGGCAAGCCAAAUGACCUGAUGCCUGGUGACCCAGUGCCCGCUGUCAUACCUGGUGACCCGAUGCCCGCUGUCGAGCCAGACAAUCCGGUACCUGAUGACCCGGUGCCCGCUGUCGUGCCAAUUUACUCAGAGCCCACUGUCGUGCCUGAUGACGCGGUGCCCGCUGUUGAGCCAAAUGACCUGAUGCCUGACGAUCCAAUGUCUGACCCAGUGCCCGCGGUCAUGCCAGUUGACUCGGAGCCCACUGCCUUGCCAGAUGACGCGGUGCCCGCUGUCGAGCCAAAUGACCUGAUGCCUGGUGACCCGAUGCCCCUGUCCAGCCAGACGAUCCAUUGUCUGACCCAGUGCCAGCGGUCAUGCCAGUUGACUCGGAGCCCACUGUUGUUGCCUGGUGACUCGGUGCCUGUCGCUCCGCCUGGGGGUCCGGCGCCCGCCCGCUCCGCCUGGGGGCCCGAGACCUGCUCCGCUUCGCCUGGGGGUCCGGCGCCCCCC